CUUUUAACUACUGUCGGUCUCUUGUUCACCGGAGAGCUCUUGGACCACGUGUCGCGGUGGAGAGCUAUGAGGGCAAUUAACGAGUUGAUCAUGAUCGUACCCGUCAUCCUCAAUCUGAAAGGCAAUCUGGAGAUGAAUCUUUCCGCAAGACUUGGGACUGCUGCCAAUAUGGGCAGUUUGGACGAUCCCCGCACCAGACGCAACACCAUCUACGGCAACUUGGCACUUCUCCAAGUCCAGGUGACAGUCGUAGCGAGUGUGGCUGCUUGCGUAGCUAUGGCUCUAGGAUCGAUCAUUCCAGAUCCCCCAUCCACUGCUCCCAUAUCAGUUGGUGGCGGGGUCCCUGAUAGUAUGAGGCUGAUCAGCCGAGCGCCGCGACCUCUACCCAUGAAACCCGGGCAACCAAAAUCCGGACUCGCUGAAUUCAUCAUGGUGGCAUCAUCUGCUAUGAUGUCCGCCUGCUUAUCCAGUGUACUCCUCGGAUCCUUCAUGUGCGCCCUCAUUGUAGCAUGUAGACGCUUUGGACUCGAUCCAGACAAUAUUGCACCUCCAGUGGCCUCCUGCCUUGGCGACUUGGUCACACUGUGUCUACUCGCAGUUGUUUCCUCGUUCUUGAUCAACUUUGUUAACACGCCAUUCCCGUUUAUCCUUAUCUUGUGUCUUGUUCUGUCAGCAACUUCCUGUUUCUUUGUAGUGCGGCGCAAUAGCUGCGUAAAAGACCUCGUAUGGCAUGGCUGGCUCCCAUUAUUCGGUGCCAUGGUUAUCAGCAGUGCAACGGGAAUAGUAUUGGACACCUUUGCAUCCCGGUACCAGGGAUUCCCCCUCCUUGCGAUCGUGAUUAGCGGUUUACCAGGGAGCGUAGGGUCUAUCUCCAUCUCCCGACUGUCGACUUCGCUUCAUGCAGUAAGGCAUCAUCCACAUUCCCGCCGAAAAGAGCCAUCCAAAAAGCUCGUCACGACCACUCUUCUCCUUAUCACCAUACCUGUAGAAAUCAUUUUCCUUGCCACCUUACACGCCUUCGGAUGGCUUAGACUCCCUAUACUAUUCGCUAUUCUGACCGUGCUUUUGUUCUGUUGCGCGGUGACAAUAUCACUCUUUAUUGCAAACGCGCUUACGGAUUUCCUGUGGUCGAAGGAUCUAGACCCUGACAUGUAUGCGCUACCGAUCCACUCCGCAACGAUGGACUUGAUCGGGCAGUUACUUCUUGUCCUGUGUUUCCAGCUAGUGUCUCUCACGGGCGUUAACUUAUAG